AUGUCAGACAUACAAGCAGUGAAAGAUUCAAUUAAAUCAACUAAAUUAUCUGAUGAAAAUGCCAAAAAAUUGGCUGUAAUUAUCGAUGGUUUACCAGACAUCUUAGGUCAAUUGGAUAAUCCAGAAUAUGAUGAGAUCUUUGGUUAUAGAAUCAAUGUGGCAGAUAAAGAAUACGUUGAUGUCCUGAUCCGUAAUGAGAUCCUUUUGAAAUUCCUUGCUGCUGAUGGAUAUGAUUUAGAUUUAGCAAAAGAAAGAUUAAUUAAUACUUUUAAUUGGAGAAAUAAAUUCCAACCAUUAUCGGCUGCUUUCGAUGAGAAUUUCCAUGUUGAAUUAGUUGAAUUGGGUGUUAUAACUCAUUUUAAUAAAGAUGUGAAAUUACCAAAUUUGGAUAUUGCUACUUGGAAUCUUUAUGGAAAUUUAAAAAACCCAAAGAAAAUAUUUGAAAAAUUUGGUGGCAAACUUCAUAAAGAUUUACCAGGAAGUGAAUUCCUUAGAUGGAGAAUUGGUCUUAUGGAAAGAGCACUUCAAUUACUUGAUUUCACCAAUCCAGAUUUAAACAGAAUUGCUCAAGUCCAUGAUUAUAAAAAUGUAUCAAUUUUAAGAAUAGAUCCAGGAAUGAGAGCAGCCACCAAAGAAAUCAUCAAGAUUUUUGGUGAUAAUUAUCCUGAAUUAUUAUCAACCAAGUUCUUCGUCAAUGUUCCAUUGCUUGCUGGUUGGGUAUUUACAUUUUUAAAAGCUCUUGGAAUAAUAACGGAAGAAACAUUACGUAAAUUCCAGGUGUUAAAUCAUGGUGACCUUCUGAAAUCAUUUGGUGCUGAUAAUUUACCUAUAGAAUAUGGUGGGAAGCUUAAGAAAGAUUUAUUUGCUUUAGAAGUGAGUAAUGUAAAGUUGUCUGAAUAUGGUCAAGUUAUCUUGAAAAGGAUUGGUGAUGAAGAAAUCAAACAUGUUAAUGAUGAUGUUGAGUAG